AUGAGCACAUAUUAUACUUUUUCUGAUGUGGUCAUAGAUCCAGUGUAUCCCAGCCUUGAAGAGUAUAAAAAAGACUAUGACUAUGACCUUCUGGGGAAUCGGCUGAAGACUAUUGAUAGAUAUUUACUUGACCCAACUGCGACAAUUCGGGAGGUGGAGGAGAAACAUUUUUUCUCAAUUCUACUCUACCUUAUCAUACUUACGGGUGUCGGUUUUGCCUUUACUCCCGUAAUUAGGAUGAUUAAGCAUAUUUUUGGCUCACUGAAGGUCUUGUUGUCCUGUGCUAUUGGCAUGAAAAAGGCUUGCAGCAGACGUAAUAAGCGACUUGCUGACGGUCUACCAAACGAUUCUGAUGAGUUCGCAAUGGAAGUGUAUCGGAUAAUAACCAAAUGGAAUAAUAUUGCUGAUUCCCCGAUUCCAAAGGAUAGGAAGACCUUUCAAGCCAUCCGGUUCGUUUUGGAGUCUCUAUGGCCGACUGGGUACGCUUUUGAAGAGCUGUCCAAAUACAUGGGUGAGAUGAGUGAGGAUAGUUCAAUAUGA